GCCGAGUGAACUGUGGUUGGCAGUUACCGCGUCAGUUACAGCGGCGCACCUGAAGCGUGUUUUCUGUUCGUUUGUCGUUCAUUCGACCCAAAUAAGGAAGAACGGAGACAUCUAAAUCCACAUUAAUUGGACCUGGGAUAUCGAAGAGGAGGCUUCUCUAAUUUGGAGCAAUGGGGGCCUUGAUAUCCAGAUGGAGGACAAAACCGACCACAGUUGAGCAGCUGGAGAACCUGGAUAAGGAUAUUAAAGAGCUGGAAGAGUUUAGAGCCAAAAACCAGCGUCUUCAAAAGCUGUGGGUUGGCGGGUUGCUCCUCUACUCCUCUGCCCUUUACCUACUGAUCUCUCUCAUCGUCUACUGUCUCUACCUGCCUGAGGAAUGGCUGCAGAGGCUCACUAUGGCGCUGCCUUUUUUUUUGUACCCUUUGCUUGUGUGGUUCAUCAGGAAGCUAUUGAUUUUCCUCUUUUCUAAACGCACUGAGAGAAACAAUUACAAACUUGAAGAUUUGAAAGCUGCCAAGAAAAAGAUUCUGGAGGAAGUGAUGGAAACAGAGACGUACAAAAAUGCCAAAUUGAUCCUGGAACGUUUUGAUCCUGAAGCUAAGAAGAAAGCUGAAUUGGAGUCGACUCCAGUGCGUUCUCAGAUAACUCCCAGGCCAGGUCAAGAGCUUCGACAGAGGGGCGUGGCGUUGAGACCCAUGCCCAUGGGCACCCCAGGUCAGAUGAUGAUGACACCCCCACCUGGAGCCCGACCAGGACCAGUGGCCACACCCAUGGAACGUGUUCCUUUUUCAGCUCCAGGAGGCCCACCGGAGAAAUCUGCUGCUUCUACUUCUGUUCUGCAUGGAGCCGUACCAAGGACCCCCUGCUCGCCUAUUCCAGGUGUAGGGAUGCACCCCCCAGGUCCUCCAUUAGCAAGGGCCAUUCUGCCCAAAGAUAGGGGAGCAAUGGACCGAGUCAUUGAGUAUUUGGUAGGAGAUGGUCCACAGAACAGAUACGCAUUGAUCUGUCAGCAGUGCUUCUCUCACAACGGCAUGGCCCUAAAGGAAGAGUUUGAAUAUAUAGCAUUUCGUUGUGCGUAUUGCUACUUUCUGAACCCGGCCAGGAAGACACGGCCUCAGGCUCCCAAGCUCCCAGAGUUCAGCUAUGAGAGGAGACUCCGAGCAGAAUCCCGCUCCCCUGGACCGGCCCCGCGUGCUGGGACAGACACAGAGGAGAGUGCACCCCCCUCUGGAGCCAAAGCUCCAGCUCCAUGGAAUUUGGUCCACAGUUUCCAGAUCCAGCAGAGUUCAAAGAGCCCUCAGAGCCAACCGCUGCAGAGUCCAGAUGAGAGAGAGAUUGCAGAAGAUGAAGGACCUACCAAAGAAGUAGAGAGUGAGAGCCAGCAGGAGGAGCAGCAGGUGCAGGAGGAGGAGGCGGCAGCAGCGGCAGCAGAGGAGGAAUCGGAGGAAUCAGAGGAAUCAGAGGAGAAGAGUUCCUCCGAGACUAAACCUCAGCCGUCAUAGUUGGAGUCCAGAGAGGAAGAAGAGGCACGUAGCAGUUCACUCCAAGCAAAAGGUGUUGGCCAUGAUAGAUGGAUGUCAUUUGAUUCAAUAUUGAUGGACAGGUAUUGUUAUGGAUAGUAGUUGCCCAACAGUGUUGCCUAAAAACAUCCUGAUGUUUAAUGGUUUUAAGAGCUUGACUUGUCCACUGGAGUGGUGUCAGAUACAUGAUUGUAGUUUUACGCUUAAGGGUGUUUCUUGAUGCUGUUUUAUAGUUUAAUCUUCUGUAAUUUAUACCACGAGGUUGUUGUAGGUUUAACACACUUGUGUUCUUCAUGAUUUGGUAAUGAAAAGGUUUAGAUCGAACAGCCGGUUCACGCACGGUUCGGUCUCGGUAGCAAACCUGUCAAGAGAACUAUGUUAGCUGUAUAAGUUAGGUUUCACAGAAUUGCUGCGGCAUUUUCAUCUUCUCUAUUUUAACCGUCAUAUACGAUAUUUGAAGUCAGUAUAGAAACAUCUAGCUCCAGUAUAAGUUUAUUAAACUCUCCAUUUAAACUGAUGCAUGUGCACCUUUUUAUCCUGAUGAAUUUUUAAUGUUGUUUUUCUUAAGUGUGAAAAGCUCAUAUCAGAUCUGCAAUAUAGAAAUGAACAGUAUACAGAAAACUGUCCAGCUCAGUGGAAAAGCAAGAAGGAAGAAUAGAUCAAGUGUAUGAGUAUUACCUCCAAAGAAGAAGCAGAAUGAAGUUGAACCUUUUUUAGAAAGAUGUUAGGAAAAAAUAUUUCCAUCACCUUUUAUAACGCAGGGACUUCGGGAGUAAUGACCCUUGUUCUGACAUCAGAGGACAGAGGUCCGGUUUCCCCGUCUACACGGCAACAUUUUCUAAAAGUUGACAGUUUAUUUUCCUUGAAAAACUGUGCUUAUGUCCAUCUAAGGCCAAAAUAGAUGUAUUAGGGUACAUAGUGUUGGUUUUUUUUUCAAUAUCACCAUGUGUAGACAAGGAAAUGUCUUUUUGAGGAUUGGUUGUGUUUUAGAUCAUGAAUAAUAUUGAGUGAAAGCAGUCGCCUAAUUUCAGAAAAUGCAUAAUAGAGAAGUCAAGUAAGUUAAAGCGGCAACCUGAGCAGUUUUGGCUCAGUGGCUCCCCCUACAGGUCUGGAAAUGGUCACUCCUUUUCUCUUCCAUCAAUACUUCCCCGAGUCUCCCCCCGCAGCUCUCUGAGCUGGGCUCGUCAUUGAUGAGAUCUGACAUUGUGCUGUUUUAUAGAUAUAGACAGUGUAGAAAUGAAGUCUGCUUGAAUAUCUGAGCGUAUAAGCUGAGUCACGGGCCGUGACGACACUGGCAGCUGAGGUUUUGUGUCUGCAGAGUUUCUGUAUUUGGAUCCUUUACUCUAGAAACUACUGAGCAGCACUAUUAUCUUACAGAAGUAACUUAGCUGUUUUUGUCGUAGUAAAGGACACAUAGACCUACACAUUUAGAUAAAGAUACUGGUUUUAAUCUAAAUUUGCCAAAUGAGGUUUAUUAGCCUGAGGAAAACGUUUGUAGAAACGAGCUGCUUUAACAAUAAAGCUGGCACUGAACAAACUGAAGAGCAAGGAACUGGUAAACUGAGCUGUACGUUCUCUUUAUUAUUGUCCAUCCUCUUCAUUAGGAGACGUUUUAGGAAUGUAGCGUUUUCCUAAAUUUGAUGAUUUCACUUGUACUGUUUAUUUAUAUAUUUAUUUGGCCAUAUUAUGUUUUAACUUCAGGUAUCUCUGCACUUGUUUUAAACAUUUAGAAAUAAGAUGUACUUGUCAUUGUGCUCGCCAGGAUUUAAGGAAUGAAUGAUUACCAUUCUAAGAACGAUUUAGUUUUCCUCUCUGUGCUUUAUUUCAUUUUAAAAGUUCAUUGGGUGCCAACAUAGUGUGUGCCUUGUUUACGGCGGCUAUAUUCAUCAGUUUACCAUGUAACCUGUGCUUUCUCUUGGUACUGCUGUUGGGAAAGGACAUUAAUGGGUUAUUUAGCCGGCGUGAACACAACCUUGAGUGUCUAUGCAAAGGUAAAAACGUUGUCCCCCGUGUCGCACAGGUCUGGUACAGGAAGUGCAGUCGGCCCAGUGCUCAGCAUGGUCUGGUGUGAUUGAUAGAGUAAUAUAGGAAGGGGUUUUUUUAAGGUUUCACAUUAUUUCUGUAUGCGUGGCUAGUUAUUAGCUAUCCUGUAAAACAAAAUCAAUCAGAAGUUGUUGACGAAGGUCCGGUGAUGCCUGAAGAAAAAUGGGUUUUGAACUGACUAACUGAAUGUUUAAAGAGACUUGUGUGUGAGUUAAAAGUCUUCAAACUUAAAUCGCAGGUUCACAUUUUGAAUUUUUUUAAUGCUACUUGUAUAAUUUCUGUUUUUGAGGUUAUUAACAUAAUAUUUAAUUUUCCCAGUUAUGAAGUUAGGGUUGUAAUUUCCCGUUAACUGACAUGCGAGUACACGUGCCGCUGGUACUGGGGAGAUUGUUUUCAAUGUUAAAAUUCAAAUGUGGAACUGUAUUGAACGUCUGAAGAACAUCUCUGAUGUUUCGUCUCACAAAUGUCUCAUCUUUACCCGUUUACUUUUCAUUUCUAGAUUUCCUUUUGCUCUGUUAGGUUUAUGAAGUGCAUUUCUGCCAAUACAGUUUGUAAGUGUGUGCACGCCGCGCCUAAUAAAGUUUUUCAGCAGCACAAAUGAAAUAGUUUUUAUGUGGUUA